AGAUCCAUCGUCCUCCCCCUCCCCGGCGGCUCCUCAAUACCAACUCUUCGCACCGCCAUGCCCAGGGAGCCCUACCGAGACCGGCCCCAGCGGCCUUCCUCUGCGGUGGACUCGUAUCGACCAGAGCCCACCCACCCACGAGACAGCGACCCGCGCCCCCAGAUCCAUCUGCCUCCUGCCCCGGCCUCCCCCUCACUCCCAGAUCCCCGGCCCAACCCCCCGUUUCGCAGCUCGUCGCCUCCGCCCCGUCCCGACCGUGCCGACCGUCCCGACCGCCCUCGGCCUUUGGCUCGCAACCGGGACGCAGACCGCUUCCAGGGCUCGGACCAGGGCCGUUCGCGGCCGCCUGGUCGGCCAGUCGAGGAUGUCCCGCCUCGCGACGAUCGCCGUCCUUACGACCGCUUCUCUCGCAGCGCAGAUCCUCUUCCCACCAACAACAGCAACAACAAUGGCGACUCUUUCCACCGCAGCAUCGAGUCUUCCUCCCGUGAUGCAGACCCCUUUCGCAGCCAAAACCCACGCGGCCUCGGCGUGCAGGACGGUUGGCCCCGUUUGCCUGAUCAGCGCCAUGCCGAGAGACGAGGUCUGGAUCCGUCUCGGCCUCAAGACGACCAGCCGCCUUCCCGACCAAAGCCAUCAGACAGGCCCAGGAUCGACUCGUAUAAGCCCGAUCAUGCAAGCGCACCCCGUGGCAUCACCAUCGGCGAGAAGCGCAAGCCGUCAAGCGAGGAACCCGAACGAGCUCCGGAUACUGAGUCGGCUGCCGGCCUCGGUGCGCCGCAACGUUUCGACAUGGUGGCGGAUAUCCGACAGCCACCGAGAAACAGGGUUGGCGAUCGACCUCCCGAGCCGACCAGAGAGAGCGGACCCCAGCCCUUCAACCGACGUGAUCAUGGCGACAGUCAGAAGCGGAGAGACACGCAGCGGCCUCGGAUCGAUCGCUGGAAGCCGGGCCAUGACCAAGGCGGGGCACACGAAGCUCGGCAGACCGGUUGGCCUGAAUCGGCCUCGACCGCAGCUGCCACAGGGACCCCGUCGUCAACGAACGUGACCGUGACGAUCGUUACCACCGACAGCAGCCGCACCGUCCUGCAGGAUUCGCGUCAGGACGAUCGGCACGACAUCAGGCGGCCCCACGAGUACGAAUGGCCCGACGCAAAGCGGCACAAGAAUGACGACGACGACGGCAAUGACAACAGGCCUCCGUUGGAGCUCCCGCCUCGCCGUUCGCCAGAGAUCGUCAAGGGUGCUUCUGAACCGGCCCCUCCUCGGCCCGAGUCGCGAUCGGCCGCAGAGCCCCCCGAGCGCUUGGAUCCAGCCGUGGUCAAGCGUCCAUACCCUGCGCAGACGCCUGCCUCUGCUUCGAUUUCCUCUCCACAGCGCCGUCAAGCGUCGGAUCGCAGCCAAGAAUCGGCUCAAGAGCGCGGCCCGGGCGCAUCUCGAUCUGAUUCCGUGGCAGGGCAGCUUGCGCCGGCCCGUCAGGCAGAACAGGCGCCCAGGCCACUUGGACAGGAUCGGCCGUUGGCUGUUCAAGAGCCCAGGCCCUCUGUUCAGGAGCGUCCACCGUCGACCAUCCAGGUGGCCCGGUCGGCGUCUGGCGACGGCAAGCUUAUGACUCACGACAACCAGCCCCAUUUCCGCGAUGACAGGUUCCCGCCCCGAGGACAGCGUCCGUUCCCUCCAGAGAAUCGAGCUCAUGGCCCAGAGCCGUCGCCCCAGGAUCGCAGACCGCCUGCGCAAGAACGCAGACUGUCCGGGCCGGACACCAGAUCCCUUGAGCGCGACAGCCAGCCUCUCAAGAGCGACAGCAGGAUCCACCCGGAGCGAGAGAGCAGAUUGCAUCCCGAGCGCGACUCUCGCCUGCAUCCACAGCGCGACGAUAGACUGCACCCGCAGCGCGACGAUAGACUGCACCCGCAGCGAGACCGUAAGCUGCACUCGCGGCCAGACAGCACGCACUACCGGACUGAUGUCUCUCCAAAGCCUUCUGUAGAGCCCAUCCGCGCUGCGGAGCAUGUGUCGAGCGUUCAGCGACCCGAGCCGACCCAUGACGUGCACCCCGACUCGUCCAGACGCGAUCGAUUCAAGCAGAGUGAGCAAGAUGAAAGCUCAGGCCGCCUGAAGCAUGAACGCGAUGAGCAAAACGACGCCGCUGAUAGAAACGAGACCGAACGUCUCCCGAAAUCCGACGACGUCGAUAGCGACGAAGUCGAUAGUGAGCCUCAUUUUGACGCCGAUGAGCUCCCGCAGCCUUGGACUGAGAUCAAGUCGCGGUCCUCGGGCGAGUCGUAUUACUUCAAUACGGAGACGGGUGAGUCGUCGUGGUCUCUGCCGGAGGAAGUCAAGGCACGGAUCUUUGCGGCCCGGGACGCAAAGCGCCUGCAGGAGCAGUCUGCUUGCCCGCAGGACCGUGGCUCUGUCGCCAACCCGUCAAGAAGCAAUACCACUGCACGCCGAGAGGCGCUGCCGGCGCAAGAUGCUCAGCCUACCAGGAUAGAGCCCGCUCACGGCAGCGGACGUUCGGCAAGGGGCGAUUGGGACUCACAAGAUCGACCUAGACAAAGGGAUGCCCCUGCUUCCAGAGAUCCGAUUGUCUCAAAAGAUGGCCCGGGCCGAGACAGGCCUGCCACUCGCGAUCCGGGACAGCCUUCAGGUGGCAAGAGUCACCUCUCGCCCCGUCACUCGGAGCGCAAGCGAUCUCUCUCGCCAGGACGGGACACUGCAUCAAAGCCGGACCCAAGCAAGCGCUACCGCCCGGACUCUGAUGUGCCAAAGCCACCGCCGUUGGCUGCGGUUCGAAGUGGCCAGCAAGCCGCUGAUCAGAUCGAAUGGCAAACCGAGCGUCAUGAGACCGCGCCAAUGGGCCGUGGCCGAUAUGCUUCUACGGCGCCAGGACAGCAUCCAAAGAUGGCAAUGGUGGUGACAGGGCCCAAUCGCAACAAUAUUGAAGCCUCGCCAACCAGGCCGCCUCGGAGCGACGGCAACGCCGACGAGGAUGAUCGAGGCAGCCCCACCAAUGCGGGAGAGCCGCUGACCCGGACAAACGAUACCAAACCAGACCAACGACCACAGCACCCCAUCGCACUGCCACCAACGAACGACCGAAACGACCCGUGGGAAGAACGACAGCGAGAAAGUCGCUGGGGCGGCGACCGACGAAGUGGCGGCCGACAGGCAGCCAACUUGCGCGAUGACGACGACCGUAGCAACAUACGCGAUGGCCGAUCCCGCGAAAACGGUCCGCUGCGGGAUGGCAUGCGUCGGGGCAGUGAUCGACUGGACGAGGACACUCGAGAACCCAACCCUCGGGACAGAGACGCUGCCCUCCCAGGCAACCCCGCCGACAACGGUCCUCGGGACCAUCCCAGAGAACACAACCAAGGCACCCGCUCUGACGAGCCAAGGGGUCGAGGCUAUAACCCCCGCAACGGCAACAACAGCAGCAAUAACUACAACCAAAACCGUCGCGGUGGCUACGGUAGGCCCGGCAAUGCCCGUGUUGCCAAUUCCUGGGACGCCGGAGACCGAGAAGACCCGCUUCCCGAGUCCCGCCCAAGAGACGAUGCCCCACGAGACAGCAGGCCUCGCGAGGGCGGCUUUCCAGAGUACCGGCCACGCAACGAAGAUUCGCAACGAUCCCCUCCUCCGCACAGCCGCGGCGAUCAUCCACAAAGACGCAGCACCACCGACUCAUUGGACCGAGCACCGUGGCCUCAACAGCCCUUGGACCGAUACGUUCCAUCGUCGGCAUCAGCAGCAGCAUCAGCAGCAACCUCAACAGCACCGCUGCCACCGCCGCCACAUCCGGACACGGAUCGAUACGUUCCCUUGGAUCGAAAUCGUGGUCAGGGAGGUAUGAACAACCCGCGAGGCGGCGGCGGCCGUGGAGAUACUGCCGGUGCCUGGGACGGCAACGUACGCAACCGAGGCGAUCGACACCAAUCCGGCCGUAACGGCAACGGUGGCGGCCGGUCCAGCUUUGACGGUCGAGACCGGCGGUGAGCGGUGGCUCUCUGGCACCAAAACGGAAGCAAUGAACGAGGGCUUCGCCUGUGGCAGGACUGCCUUGAUGGAAAGGGGCCUUUGAUGCCCGCCAGGACUGUAUCAGGUCCACAAUCCACAGUCCACACAAUAAAACGAUCUCUAGAUCCUGCCAUCUCGGUCGGCCAUCUCGA